AUGAAUAAGAAAAUUUCUCUCCUUCUUAAUGGAAUAAAUGGUCGCCAGAAAGUAGUUUCACCUGCGCACAUUGUAAAAAACUCGUUUGAUGGUGGCCCAAUAUGGAUGUGCAAAAGUGGAGGGAGAGCUUUCGGGACGUAUGGCGCAGUAACCAGGAGGAGGCAAAAGCUGAGGGAGAAAUUCUAUGAAGAAAAGUACAGACAUAACCCUAACCAUGUGCCCAAAUUUUCCAAGGUUAAGAAGGGCAGCUGGGGCGGGUGGAUAUAUAACCCACUCAAGCAAGUGACCAAAAAUAAUGGCUCGAAUUUUAUGUAUGAACAAAAAAUAGAGGAGGAAGUCAGUACAGAAGAAAGGGAGUGCAUAAACCGUCUUAUGCAAAUGCGUAAGGAGGUUACCAAGAUAGGGGAUCCUCAGCCCUACCGUGGUGGGAAGAAUGACGAGGACAGACAUCAGAUGAUCCCACCCAGUGUGAACCUCUUCUCCAUAUGUGAUAAUUUUAUCGACAAAAAGAAAGAAAUAAUUAACAAAAUUGAAAAUCCACAGUAUUUUGUCGACACGCAUAUAAAGAAGCUGACCAACGAGUACACCAAUAUAAACCGCCUUCACGAAAGUUGCAAUGAGAAUGGCUAUGCAAAGGCUCCAGGGUAUUUGAAAGAUGUCCGCAGGAAGAGGAAGAAUGUCUCGGGUGGGGCUUUCUGGGGCAACUGUAAGGUUGUACAAGAUGAGGCGAGCGCAGAUAGGGAGGGCACCACCAAUCGGAUGGAAGAACCCCAAGAGGAGGGGGCGAUUGUGCACCCCCGUCAACAGUGCACAUUUGGAGAAAUGUACCAAAAGGGGGCAUCCCGCAGAGAGAACCCCUUUCCGAUGGAGGAACCCGCAACGUAUAGGCACAUUCCGAAAGGCGAGCAAAGCAAUGGAAUAGAAGGCGGAGAUGCAGAUGUGGGUAAAGAACUAGAACCCCUCCCGGAGUACAACCUCAUGCACUGCGCUAGUGACAUAACUGAAGAUGGUGUACUUCAAAACCGCAAAGAUGAGCAAAUUUUAAAAAAGCUUUACAUCGAAGACAUUUUAAAUUACACAGAUGAAGGAGAAGAGAUUGACAUAAGUUGCCUAGACGUAUUCACCACGUUGAGCACAGCUGAUAGGAAUAGAAAACUGGGGUCUCUUUUUAGCAGCAAGGGAGCUUCAUUCAUUCUUUAUAAUAACUGCAUUAUUGCGUCCAAGUUUUCGAAGGGUACCUUGCAAGAAUAUUUCCACACAAGAAAUGCUUGUAGCUUAUUUGAUAAAUCGUAUCAGCUAAUAGUUAAGUUUACCGGGAGAGAUUGCAUCUACUUAUGCAACCAGUUCCUAUCUAGUGACCUAAAUGACAUGAACAGUAACGACGUUUGCUACACCUGUGUGUUGGACAACAAAGCGUACAUACUAGACACGGCUUACGUGCUAAAGGGAGAAAAUGAAGUCGUGUUGAUCUCCUCAGGAUACUAUAAGAAGGGCCUUUAUGAAUUCUUAAGUGAUUACAUUUUAUUUUGCAAAGACAGCGGAAUGGAUGUACACAUACAAGUCGAGACAAACAAGAGGGUGUUGUCCCUGCAGGGGCCGCUAAGCAACCUGGUCCUCAAUGAUGUGCUGGAUUAUUUUAACUGGGGAAAUGCAGCCCAAGGGAAGAAAGGGGUGAAGUUCCUAAAAAAUGUAAUAAAAGAAGACACAGAAAAAUGUCAACAUUAUGGGAUACACUUCGAAAGAGAAGAAAAUGAAAAGGACAAAUUUGUUAACAUCCCGUACAUGAGUUUUAAAAAAUUCAACAUGGUGAAAAAUGCAAAGGAGGCGAUAAACGUGACAGGGGAAGUACCCCCCCAUGAUGAGAUGAACCAGUAUGAAAUUCUGUGCAUCCGAUGUGGAGACACAGGAGAAGAUGGAUUCGAAUUCGUUGUAGAUAAUAACAUAAGUGAUUACUACGUUGAAUUAUUUUUAAGCCAU